AUGGCGUUGCCUUCAUCCAAGUCAUUUGACAAUAAAUUGUCCCUGGAAUCUCGAUGCCGAAAGACGUCUCUUCUGGAAACAUUGAACCAACAUUUUGAUAACGAGAAAAUCAUUUUUUUCGGAAGUGGUCUACCUUCCCCGGAUUUAUUUCCUUGGAAAGAAUUAAAAUCGAAAUUUUAUUCCAAGUCAGUUCUAAAUACUUCAAAGCCCGAAGCGGCGAUUGAUGAUUGGGCUACGAAAACCAAUUCAAACCCGUUCGUUGAGGUGCACUCUGAUGCGAAGGCUUUGUCGGCCGGUUUGCAGUACGGUAAUGCUGGAGGACGAGGUGACUUCUUAGAAUUUGUGAAGGAGCAUGUCAAACUAUUUCAUGAACUAAACUAUAGCGACUGGGGGGUUGCCGCGACAGCGGGUACAACGCAGGCCUGGGAAACAAUACUGAGAAUAUUUUGCGACCGUGGUGAUUCAAUUUUGGCUGAAACUUUCUCUUAUCCGCCUUCACUCAGCACAGCACAGUCGCAAGGGGUCCAUAUUCAUCCAGUUCCCAUGGACGAGAAUGGUGUGAUUCCUCAAAAAUUGCAACACAUGCUCGAAAAUUGGCAACACCAACGAAAGCUACCUAAACUUUUCUACAUCAUUCCUACUGGUCAAAAUCCAACAGGCAGUACUUUGAGUAAUGAGAGAAGAAAAGCCAUUUACAAAAUUGCUGAAGAAUACGACAUUCUGAUUGUUGAGGAUGAGCCUUAUUAUUUUUUACAAAUGGAAAGCUAUAUCAAAGCAAAAUCCAACCGCAAAAGACAUGACCAAUUAAUGUCAGAGUACAAGCGAUCUUUGAAAAAGUCGUUUCUCUCCUUAGACGUUUCUGGACGAGUCAUUCGCCUUGACAGCUUGUCUAAAAUUCUUGCUCCUGCCUGUCGGCUUGGUUGGAUUGUAGCCUCGGAAAAGAUUCUUCUUCAUUACCUGAAUCUUCAAGCAGUCAGUAUUCAAGCACCCUCUGGGUUUAGCCAGAUGAUGGUCUUAGAGCUUUUUAAAAGGUGGGGCCAAGACGGAUACGCGCGAUGGCUCAUGCAGCUCAGCGGAAUAUACAGAAACAGCCGCGAUGUUGUGUGUGAUGCCUUGAUAGAGCGGCUCCCAUCGGGAAACUUUGUCCAAUUUACUGCUCCAACAGCGGGCAUGUUUUUUACAAUCCAUAUCAAUUUGUCUUAUCUUCCUCACUUCGAUCCAGAAUUAGGCGCUAAAACCUAUGAGGACAGGCUCUAUAACAAAUUUUUGGAAGAUGGUGUUUUACUGGUUCCUGGCAGCUGGUUUACUUGCAGCCCUGAUGUCCUCUAUGAAGAAAAAAAGGAUACCUUCCAAUCUUGUCAGAUUUUCUUUAGAGGAAGCUUUGCAACUGUGAGCUUUCACCAAUUAGAAGAGGGUGCCAAACGCAUUGGUGACUGUUUGGGGAAAAUGCUCAACACUGCAUGA